AUGCCAUCCUUCAAACGCGCGCAGGUCUCUCAGGACCCUGAGGACCAGAGCGACGAUGAUUCAGAAAGUGGUGCAUCAAGAUCGUCCCCUCCCCCUUCGAGAAAACGACCUCGUAAUUCGGUAAUGCCAGCCUCUGACGAAUCUAGCGAUCCGGAAAAUAGCACCGAUCUCGACAAUGAGCUUGAAAACGAGGACGACUUCGAAUUGCGCCAGACGCAAAUCAUCCAAGAGAAAUACGCCCACGCGAUGGAGGACCCCAACAAGCCCGCCGAACAAGGAAUUCUGGAAAAGGUCGAGUGCUACAACUUCAUGUGCCACGAUCAUUUCAGCGUGGAGUUGGGGCCUUUGAUCAACUUCAUUGUCGGAAAGAAUGGCAGUGGCAAGAGCGCGAUUCUCACGGCGAUUACACUUUGUCUAGGCGGUAAAGCCUCUGCAACUCAACGUGGAGGAAAUCUGAAGAGUUUCAUUAAACAGGGAAAGGAAAAUGCUACAAUUAUUGUGCAACUCAAAAACACAGGAGACGGCGCCUAUAUGGUGGCCGACUACGGGGAAAGCAUCAUCAUCGAGCGCCAUUUCACCAAGAUAUCGAGCAGUUUCAAGAUCAAGGCGAAGAAUGGUCGCAUCGUUUCCAACAAGAAGGCCGAACUAGAUGCCAUCACCGACUACUUUUCUUUGCAAAUCGACAACCCGAUGAAUGUGCUUUCGCAAGAUUCGGCUCGACAGUUUCUUAGUUCCUCGAGUCCGGCGGAGAAGUACAAGUUCUUUGUCAAAGGUGUGCAGCUGGAGCAAUUGGAUCGAGAUUACCGGCUGAUUGAAGAGUCGGUCGAUCAGAUUGAGGAAAAGUUGCGGUCCAAGGCAGAGGAUAUCCGUGUUCUGGAAAAUCGGCGGAAUGCUGCCAAGAGGAAAUUGGAAAUUUCGGAUCAGCAGGCUUCCUUGAGAGAUCGCAGGAAAAACAUUCGCGAACAGAUGGCGUGGGCGCAGGUGGAAGACCAAGAAAAGAUCCGAGACACUGUUGAGGAAGAUGUUACGAAAGCCGAGGAAGAGAUAAGGAACGCGGAGGAAGAAAUCGGUGAAUUUGAUGGGAAGUUCCAGGCGAUUGAGGCAGAAUCAGAAACAGCUGCGGAAUAUGCGUACCGAGCUGAUAAGGCGCUUGAAGAUGCUCGCGGUGAGCGAGAAACGAUUCAGGAAUCGCUGAACGCCAAAAUGAAAGAGCGCGCUGAUCUUCAGGCCCAACAACGUCAGAUUCGAGAAUAUGUCAAAGCCACUAAUGCGACUAUCAACGAGACACAAGGGAAAAUUGACGAUGAAAACCGCCGUCUUGCUGAGAUGAGUGACGGGAGUUAUGCUCGGAAACAAGAGGAGUGUGAGCAAGCUGGCAGGGAGGCCACUGAAGCCAAGGAAAAACUCCAACAGCACAAUGACGGCGAAAGUGCCUUGCAGGCCGAUAUUAGAGAUGCGGAACAACAAGAAAAAACUGCGAAGGCUAAUUACGACAACAAAAAGAAUGAUGUUGAACAAGCUGAGCAGCGCCUACAAUCACUAAGGCAGGAAGACGGAGGGAGACUGAAUGGGUUUCAUGAAAAAAUGCCAUCACUUUUACGUGCCAUCGAAAAAGAGAAUCGGUUCUCUUCACGUCCAGUAGGCCCGAUGGGCCACCACGUCACUCUGCUCAAACCAAAAUGGGCAUCCAUUCUCGAGGUUACACUCGGUGGUACCCUCAGUGCAUUUGUUGUCUCCUCGAAAAGCGAUAUGAACAUUCUCUCGGGCCUAAUGCGCCAAGUCAAUUGCGUUUGUCCAAUCUUCAUCGGCAGUGGCGGUCAUCUCGAUACGUCUGGCAAGGAACCUGACGAGCAAUUUGAUACGUUCUUGCGAGUACUUGAGAUCGACAACCCAAUGGUCCGGCGCCAAUUGAUCAUCAACCAUGGUAUCGAACAAUGUGUGUUAAUCGAAGAUUUGAGGGAAGCAUCAUCAACUUUAUUCUUCAGCGGCGAGCGCCCAAGAAACGUGAGGCGGUGCUACAGUAUCAACGCAGAAGAUAGACGUCGGGGUACAAUGCUCUCAUACAACCAAUUUGGCGAUCCCAAUCAAAGCCCGGUCUAUCCCUAUAAAGGUCAUCCUCGAAUGAAAUCCGACCUCGCGGCACAAGUCAGCGUCCAGCGUGAACUCGUACAGGACCUCAAACGCCAAGCACAUGAAAUGGAGAAUGUCUGGCAGUCCACUCGCUCCCACACAAAAACUUGCCAGCAAACGCUUGCUCGCCACCGCCGAGAGUCGCAAGGGCUGAAGAUUUCAAUGCAGACAAUGGAGGAUCAUGUCGAGACCCUGAGAGAGGCACUCGAGCGAGAAAGUGCGGCAGAGGACGGGCGACUUGAUACCUUAAAGGCGGCAUUAAAAGAGGCCGAAGAGGAUAAAGAAAUUCAAGAAGGAUCAUACAAUGACAGUGUCCAGGCCAUGAAUGACAUGGUUCAAUCCCUGAAGGAAAUAAGACGUGAACUAUCGGCGAAGGACCAAAGCAUCAACGAGCUGGUGGAGAGAUCUCGUGUGGCCUCGAGUGAACAGUCACUGGUGGCGAACAAACGUCGUGAACUUUUCAAUGAGAAGAACGUCGCUGUCGCGGAUCUUGAAAAACAGAGGAGCGACAGAGACAGAAUGCAGGAAAGACUUGAACAUGCAAAGGCUCGUGUGAUUGAGUUUUGCGAGAAGGCCGGCAUGGUCUCUGCCCGCGUCGCGAUCGAUGAAGGCGAGACUACCACCAGUCUCGACCACAAGCUUUCCAAAUUGAACAGAGACUUGGAUCGCUACAACCAACAGCUCGGUGCCUCACGAGACGAGAUUGCCGCAGAAGCUGGUCGGGCAGAGACAGCCUUUGUACGAGCGAAUGAUCAGGUCGAAGAACUAAGUACAAUCGCUCAGGUCUUCAAGGCUACCCUUCACAAUCGUAGGAAACGAUGGGAGAUUUUCAGAGCGCACAUUUCCUCGCGCGCCAAGGCACAGUUUACAUACCUUUUGGCUGAGAGAAGUUUUCGUGGUCAGCUCCUUACUGACCAUACCAACAAGGUUUUGGACUUGCAAGUGGAACCCGAUAUUACCAAGGACGACAAGACCGGUCGCGGUGCCAAAACUUUAUCUGGUGGCGAGAAGUCCUUCUCGCAAAUCUGUCUGCUCCUCGCCCUGUGGGAAGCCAUGGGAUCGCCCAUUCGUUGCCUUGACGAGUUCGAUGUAUACAUGGACCACAUCAAUCGAAAAAUGGCCAUCGACAUGCUAAUGUCUGCUGCUCGACGCUCCCUUGGACGGCAGUUUAUCUUAAUCACGCCAGGAACGAAAACCGAUAUCAGGAUCGCGCCUGAUGUGAGGGUGAAGGAGUUGGCUGAGCCUGAACGUGGCCAGACUACCUUGGCGUUUCAUGCUUGA